AUCAUUUCAGACCACCUCUUAAAUGAAUUUAUUGGUUGGAUUUAAAUCCAUUUUGAAUGUGUUUUGGAAGGCAUUUACUUCAGGUCUUUUCAGUCGGAUAGCUGUCCAUUUAGAGAAAACAUGUUGUUUUUCUACCGAGACUCCUCCCACAUAAUUUCACUCAUAUGUCUCUUCAAAAACUGGCUUUAUUGUUUUUUUCCUUUCCUGGUUUUGCUUAGUUUAAAGAAAAGCUUUUGCUGAAGACCUCAUUUCAGGGGUAGAACAAGAAUCCUUCAGACGUCCUCAUUUUUAAUGGUAAGUUAGUAGAUACUACAUAAAAUACUGACCUAUCCAGAUUUGAAGUUCACAUUAUUAAUAACUUUUCAAAGUAAUUAUAGCUGUUGAACACAAAUUAGAUGUGGACCUUCUGUAUCUUCUUGUCUGGCAGAAGUUAGUCAGUGAAGGAGGAUGGCGUAUGUUUCAGAACAACAUCUGGCUGCUCUGGACGAUCUAGACACAGACAAACUGAAGAGGUUUAAAUGGCGCUUAAAGAAUCAUUAUUGUCUUUCCAGUGCUGCUCUGGAGAAGGCAGACGCUCCCGACACAGUGGAUCUGAUGAUGAAGCGUUUUGGACCUGAAGAAGCUGUGAAGAUCUCAGUGGAGAUCCUGAGGAAGAUGAACCAGAACCAUGUGGCUGAACAGUUAGAGGACAAACACAAGCAAACAGCUCCUCAGGUUGAGGGCAGUACUAAGGAUCCUGCCCCUGUUGGAGCCGAAUCUAAACCAAUCCAGGGUAAAUAAUGAUCACUGUCUGUACUGGGAAAUGCCAGUGUAAUGUGGUGACAGGGAUGAGAGACGAGUAGAUCCAUUUGCAAGCUUUUAUUCAAAGAUGUGGUCAUAACAGGCGAGGGUCAAACAGUGGCAAACAGGUAUAUUGAGGGCAAGACAGAAGAAUAAUCCAAAACGGGUGUGGUCGAUCAGUGGCUAACAAUAUUCUGAGGGUGAAGCAAACGGGAAAAUCCAGAUAGCAUCAAUAGUCCAGGCAGGGGCAAACAGAGUCCGAAACAGCAAGACAAAAUGGUAAACCGAAAUCACAGUAAAGAAUCUAAACACGGAAAAACAGACAAGGCAAGAUGAAACAAGAACUGGCUCUGUAGAUUAGCUAUCACUGAAUGAGGAAUAAACACUAAACAAUACUCGGUAGUGAAUGGUCGUGUGAGACUGAUUUAUAUACUAUGUUUUAUUGGUAGCAGCUAUGUGUGAUGGGUUUCAGGUGAACUUGUGAUUAGUGCAAUGGAGCAUGGGAAAUGUAGUCCAGGGUGAUGUGUAACAGUCUGUGUGGUGUGAGAGUCAAUAAAUGGUAGGGCGACCUAUGGUGGCAAGCGGACGGAAGUUCAUGGACAGAAUU